AUGUUAAGGAUCCUCCAAUCCAUGUACAGGGUAUUCUAUCCUAUCCAUAGAGCCCUACAGCCUAAACUACCCCUGGGUUUCGGACCCACUUUUGAAACAGACUGUUCUAUCCUAUUCAUAGAGCCCUACAGCCUAAACCACCCCUCAGGUUUCGGUCCCACUUUUGAAACUGCAACCAAUCAAUGA